UCAGCUCACCACCCCUAUAUAUACCCAUGGAUCCCUAGGAACCAAACUCCAUGCCAAAAACACACAUGCAUGUGCACAGUUAGCUAAUAAUCACAGAAAACACCACUGAGACGCCACUUUGAUUGAUUUCUCGCCGUCCCUUUGUUUUUGAGCAUCGAUCAAGAUGAAGGCGUCCCAGUUUUUGAAGCAGCUCUUCUCCGCCAUCGUGGCCGCUGUGAAGGGGAGGUCUACCGCGACGGGCAGCAAGACGAGCCCCGUGCGGACGCGCCUCGUCAUCUUCAGCAUCCUCCGGAACAAGAAGCUCCUUAUGAGCGCCAUCAACAGCAAGAUUCACGCGAUCAUGGGUGGCGGAAGCCAAGACGACAGCGAGCGCGGCAAUGGCAGCAACCACCUUGUUGCGGCCGCGAGCAGUGGAGUUGGUAGGAAAGCCGCCGUGCUGCAAAACCUGCCGAGCUUCGUAUUGCUCAACAGCCUUCCAAGCUUCACCAUGGGCCGGGAUGGCGGUGGCAGCGAUUCGCCAUUGGUCAUGGUGAGCAGCGAGGUGGAGAAAGAGGAGGGCGGAGAGGGUGUGGCGAAGCAGCUGCAGCUGACGAACGUGCCGCCAGGGUCGGUGAUCGAUCUUGCCCGCAGCGCGGCGGAACAAGGCGGCGUGGAGUUCAGGCUGGAGGACGAGAUCGACCACGUCGCCGACGUGUUCAUCAGGAAAUUUCACGACCAGAUGAAGCUGCAGAAGCUCGAAUCCUUCAAGAGGUUCUGCGAGAUGCUCGAAAGGAACUAACUUGAUCAACAGCUGAAUGAUCACCACAUCGAUCGCUAGCUCAAAUGCAGACUGUGGAGGGUCGAAUCCAUAUGAUUUAAGUUAGAGGUUGAUUAAUUCAACUCCUAAGCACUCCGAGAAAAUAACCGGCAAAUACCGUAAUUUUUACUCUUUUUUUCUCAAAAAGAGUAAAAAGGCACAGGAGUAGAUCGCGAUUUGAACAGGUCCCAUCAUCUGUUGAGCUCUUCUAUCUACACCGUCAUCGUUAUAAAAAUGUCUUGGCACU